AUGAAUCUGGACGCAAUCCCGCCAGAGCUGCUCACCACCAUCGCCGACUUCCUCCCCGCGCAGCGCGACACCAACGCCCUGGCAAGAUGCAGCUCCCGCUUACACGCCAUCCUCGACCCCCUGCUCUACCGCCAAAACAUAAAGUCCUCCCGCAGCGACGCCCUCGCCUGGGCCGCAAAGACGGGCAACAUCCAGACGGUCAGGAAGGCAUUGUCCUACGGAGCCGAUCCCAACAACAACCACAACAAUGCCUCCUCCUCCUCCCCCCCAAAAAGAGGUGACUUCGGCGCCCUUCGGUGGGCCGUCGCCCAGGGCCACCUGGACAUUGUCCGGCUGCUGGUCGAGCGCGGCGCUUCCCUGGGCGACUCGAUGCUCGUCGUCACCGCGGCGAGGCACGGCUUCGACGACAUCCUCAGCCUGCUCCUGGACCACGGCGCAGACGUAGACGCCCUGGGCUACCUCGGCAAGACCCCCUUGCUCUUCGCCGCGCAGGAGGGCAACGAAAGCACCUUUGACCUCCUCCUGCGCCGCGGCGCC